AUCACUUAAAACUCGAACAAGUAAAAACAGCAAACCCUUCUUCCCACCGAACCCAGAAAGAAGGAGAAUCGAGCGAUUACUCGUCGUUUGUUCUCUGAUUCUUUCUAUUCAUCAGCAACACUCCACCAAAUGCCCACCACCGACGCCUUCCAAGGUGUAUCAAACUGUUACGUUUUCAAGAGCCGCUUGCAAGAAUUCGCUCAGAAAGUAGGACUGCCUACGCCUGUUUAUGACACUAUAAAGGAAGGUCCUUCUCAUGAACCUACAUUUAGGUCAACAGUAAUUGUAAAUAACGUUAGAUAUGAUUCUCUCCCCGGAUUUUAUAAUCGGAAGGCUGCAGAGCAAUCAGCAGCAGAAGUUGCUCUUUUGCAGCUCUCAAGUUCAGAAGCCAGGGUAGAUUGCAUUUCUCAACCAGUGCAUGAAACAGGUUUGUGCAAAAAUUUAUUGCAAGAAUAUGCUCAAAAGAUGAAUUAUGCAAUUCCAAUGUACGAGUGUAGCAAGGAUGAGACUCCUGGCAGAGCGCCCUUGUUUUCAUGUACUGUUGAUAUUGGAGGAAUCAAAUACAUUGGAGCAGCAGCAAGAACAAAGAAAGAAGCAGAAAUCAAAGCUGCCCGAACUGCUUUGCUAGCCAUCCAGGCUAAUGCGUCUGGUUCUGAUUUUAAUGGCAGCUCGAUACAUACUGUUGUUCCACAUAAGAAGAAAAUGGCAGAUUUGGGAAUCAAUUCCCAGGAGACUCCAGCUGCACUAAAACCGAAGAAAAGGCGUUUCAAAAAGAAAUCCAAGAAGAAGAAGCAUGCUACAGGUGAAGGUAACCCUGUCCCAAACCAGAGCAUAGCCAGCUCGGUGGUUCAUACGGAUGAUCAGCUGGGACAGGGUAGAGCUGAUUCUACUGUCAGCAAAGUGGCUGACUUUGGAGUUUCAACAGAUGAAGCAUGUUACAGUGAAGUUGUGGGAACUGCUUCAGUCCCUCACGCAAAUGGGGAUUCUAAACCAGAAUUUAAUCUUCUCAACGAUGGAGAUGGUUUGAAUGGCUUGGUUAAGGAAGCAAAUGAAACUUCUGAAAUUGUGCAGUUGAAUUCAACCAGUAAAUAGCUGUGUGUAGGCUUGGAACCAGCUUGAAGCAUCAGAUUUUCGCUUUAGGGAUAUGUGGAAUCAUGGAGGAGACAUGCAAGCGAGUAUUCUUCUUGGAUUGUUGUUUGAGCUUGAUAAUAACAUAUGACAAGGGGAUAGGGAAGUGAAGAUUUAUGGUUCCAUUUUGGGGUUCAUGAAUUUAGUGAACCUUGGUUUAAAUAGUUAGGCUCGCCUUGAUGAAUUGUCAGAUAAACAUCAUUAUUGUGAGAAUUGUACCUUUACAUGAAAACAUCCUUUUGAGUCCUGGAUGAAGUGAUGAAUGAAGUAAUGACACUCAGACUUUCGUA